GUCUUCCUCUCUCUCUCUCUCUCUCUCUCUCUCGAUCUCUUGAUCUAGUUUUAGGUUUUUCGAUCCGCGACCUUCUCUGAUCCCGCGAAUGGAUGCCUUGGAUUCCGUCGUAGAUCCUCUGAGGGAAUUCGCAAAAGACAGUGUCCGCCUCGUCAAGAGAUGCCACAAGCCCGAUCGCAAGGAGUUCACGAAGGUGGCGAUCCGCACGGCGAUCGGUUUCGUGGUGAUGGGAUUCGUUGGCUUCUUCGUGAAGCUGAUCUUUAUCCCGAUCAAUAACAUCAUCGUCGGUUCGGGCUAGGACUCGCGCUUGAAUUUUCGGGACAAGCAUGAAGUUUAUAUCGACCGAGAAAUCGAUUUGUCGUCUUUGGCAUUCUUGACUCGCCGCAGCUUUAGCAUCAAAGGAACAAACAAAGAUAUUUUAUUUUACUUUUUCGUGUAUGCAUUUCUAAUUUCAUAAUUUUUGCUAUUUUUUCCUGUUUAUGCCUGAAAUUUACUGAUGUAGACUGAUAUAUCAUCUUUGGUCAAGACAAAGUGUUGGUUGUUCUAGUUCCUUAAGAGUGAGAUUCACCAUAUACUCAUGUGGUGAUUAGGCAUGAAGCUCCCCACAUACUCGAAUGCGCCAAGAACCUAUUAUGGAGUGGGUUGUCAGGUGACGAUGAUGUUGUGCUCCUUCAGUUUUCAGAUAUAUAUUUUCUCAUAGCAAAUUGAUUCGUUGCUUUGGUAUAA